AUGGACUCCUUGAGAGGCAUGAAGCUCAUGUAUAAAAGCGAAGAUGAUAAAGCUUUGACUGCUAAUAUCAAAGUUGAUUUUGACAAGACAAAACAUUUGUCAGAGAAAUCAAUUCGGAAAAGGAGACUAGAACGAGAAAAAAUUGAAGUAGCUGAAAGAGAGCGGAUUGAAAGAGAGAAAAAAGAAAAAGAAGCAGAAGAAAAAAGGAAAAAAGAGGAGAGGCGACAACGUGAACUUGAUGAGCAGGAAAAGGCACGUAAACAAGCAGAGAAGCUACAACGACAGGAAGAGCGACGUCGAGGCCGUGAAGAUAGACGUCGUGAGAAACAAGCAGCCAAAAGAAAACAUGAAGAGGAAGAAAAAAUGAAUCUGAAACUAGCACAAGAUGAGCGUAAAUUAUUGGUCACCCAACGAAAACUUGACUCUUUACGCCUCAUGACUGAACUUUUUAAAAAUGUUAAGACUAUGAAAUUGAAAGAGGAUGAAGCUCGUCAACUGGCUGCUCUCGAGGAGGAGAAACGUUUGAAGGCAGAAGAAGAAAAACUGCAUCAAUUGGAAGAGGAGAGGAAAAAGGCUGAAUCUGGAUUGAGAUGGCAGGAAGAGAUGAGAGAACGUGAACGAUUGUUGCGAGAACGCCUUCUUCAGAAGAGGCUAGCUGCCCAGGAACGGCAAAGGGAAGAAAACAGAGAGGAAUUACGCAAGAAACUUACCGAGGGGACAGUCCGCUUAAAAAGUGCAGUAGUCAUGAAAAGAUAA